GCGGAAGUGACGUCACCACCCACCGAAGUCUUUCCGGCGGUGACUCUGCGGGGUUAAGUUCUUUUUUCCUUAGUUGUGGCUGGUUUUUAAGCUAGUUUUGGUGAGCCGAGCGACGUUGAAGAAUUGGUGGUAAAAACAGUGGUGAGAGGACAAACAGCACAGGAUUCCGAUCAGGCCGUGCGCUGUCCCAGCGGGAUGCCUAAGGCCGCCGGGCCUGUAUCCCUCCGGGUCCUGCCGGGAGCCGCAUCCUGGGGUCCAGAGCGCGCUUCCUUGGACUCCUUUGGGAAGCCGCCCUCGCGUCUUCUAAAGGUUCCCAGCAAUCUGUGACUUUUUCCGUAAAGAAAGGAAUUCUCCCUCAGUCAGGUUCCCUUGACUCCAGCGCUGUGACCUCGGGCUUCUCGGACCUGGCGAUUCCGGUGCGUCCCGUUGUAAGUGAUGGGUCAUCAGUUGGAGCUGGAAGAGCUGUGUUUGGAAGACUGCAGAGGACCUGCUUCUUCUGGAACCCUUUCCAUUCUGAAAAACCUGUACAUCUGAAGACAUGAAUACGUUUAAUACACCAUGAAUAUAAUAACAACCUAUUGUCAAAUGGCAAAUAAAUAUAUGAAAAAAUGUUCAACAUCAUUGGUCAUUUGAGAAAUGCAAAUUAAAACAACACUGAGAUAUCAUCUUACUGCAGAAAGAACUGCUAACAUCAAGAAAUCAACCAGUAACAAAUGCUGAUGGGACUGUGGGGAAGAAGGAACCCUUCUCUGUUGGUGGGAAUGCAAACUGGUACAAACACUGUGGAAUUCAGUGUGGAGAUUCUUCAAAAAACUAGGAUUGGAGAUUCCAUUUGACCCAGCUAUUGCUCUUGUGGGUAUUUUCCCACAGCAAUAUAUGAACAUCCAUGUUUAUAGCUGCACAGUUUGUAAUAGCCAGAUCUUGGAAACAACCCAGAUGCCCAUCAACUGAGAAAUGGAUGAAAAAGAUGUAGUAUUUUUAUACAUGAAAUACUACUCAGCCACAAAGUAUGGUAAACUCCAGCAGUUAGGAAUACUCUGCAGAGAUUUUAUCUAAUGGUCCUUGAUUGAUACCAGGUGUUUUUUAUCUUGAGUAGGUAUAUAAAUUAAGUCUGGAGGAGACAAAGGAAAAUAAACAAUUAAUUAUGUGUGGGCCAAAUAACAAAAUGGAAAGGAUAAUUAUAAUGGAUAAUUAACAAAGAGUUUUCCACCAAGAGUAGCUACUAAUGGCUUCCUAGAAGGAUGAAGUCCAAGGAAUUUUGGAAUCUGAUAUGUCAUUGAUUUGUCAUCUCAUAAAAGUUAUUGAAGUAUUAGUUGAAGGGUCAGGAAUGUACACAGGUCUAGUUUUUACAGUUGUUUUAAGUUUUAAGAUAAUGCUCCAAGCAAUUCCUCUGUGGUUGUCUCAACUGGAAUAUGAUCAUCAAGACACUCUGAUCAAGGUGCACACAAACAAGUCUUUUCAGAUGGACUCAAUGUACCUUCAUGAAGAAAAGACAGAGUCCAAAAAGAAGAUGACUGCAUGUCUUUCAGAUUGGUAUCAGGAGCCAGUGAGCUUUGAGGAUGUGGCUGUGGACAUCACCCUGGAGGAGUGGACUUUGCUGGACCUGACUCAGAGGAAGCUGUACAGUGACGUGAUGCUGGAGAACUAUCAGAGCCUGGCCUCUGUGGGAUGUGAGCUCCUCAAACCCAGCCUCAUCUCCUGGUUGGAGCAGGAAGAGUUAAGGACAGGGCAGGGAAGAGCUCUCCAGGAAUGGAACGUGGGACUUACAACCAAAAAGUCAGCAGGAUUUCAGCAAGAUUUUCUCAGAGGACAGAACUCCCGGGGGACAUUCAUGGCAGGAAGCCACAGUGGAGCAGAGCUCUGUGAUUGUAGAGACUUCAUCAGUGGACACGUGUGCUUGAAAUCACAUAUGGGAACUCAGAAUACAGGGAGCACUUCUGAGUGUGAUCAGUAUGGAGCAGACAUCCUUCCUCUGCAGAAGGAAAUCUCUACUGGAGAGAAAUUUUCUAUGUCGAAUCAGUGUGAACCAACAUUUAACCAACCUCAAACUGUCCCUUACCCAAGAAAGUGCACUCAGGACAAACCCUUUGAAGGCACUGACCAUAGGGAAGCAUUUGUUGAUCACUCAGACUUUCAGGCUGACCCCAGAAUACACAGUGGAAACAAACUCCAUGAACUGAAGAAAUGUGGGAUAGAUUUUCUUCACUCCAACAGCCUUGAUGUGCUGAUGCAAACUCACAAUGCAGAAAAACCCUACAAGGAUAAGGAAUGUGGGAAAGGCUUCACAUAUUCUGCCUUCCUUAAUAGUCACAUGGGCACCCACAGUGGAGCCAACCCCUACCAAGGUAAGGAAUGCAGGACUGUCUUUACAACAUCUUCUCAAUUAACUGAACAUGUGAAAAAUCACGCUGUGGAGAAGCCCUUUGAGUGUAAGGUGUGUGGGAAAUUCUUUAGAACCUCUUUGUCCCUUCGUGAUCAUCUUCAACUUCACACUGGGAUAAAACCGUUCAAAUGUAAGGACUGUGGAAAAGCCUUCAUUCAGAACUCGGAACUCACCAAGCAUGUCCGUAUCCACACUGGAGAGAGGCCCUAUGUGUGUAAAGUGUGUGGGAAAGCCUUUGUCAGAUCCUCCCGCCUUAAUGAACACAUGAGAACUCACACUGGGGAGAAGCCUUUUGAAUGUGCGAAAUGUGGGAAAGCAUUUGCUAUUUCCUCCAAUCUUAGUAAACACCUGAGGAUUCACACUGGAGAGAGGCCCUUUGAGUGUAAGGAAUGUGGGAAAACAUUUACACAUUCCUCCAGUCUGAGUCAUCACAUGCGGACUCACAGUGCCAGAAAACCUUACCUAUCUGUUACAUGGGAAAGCCUAUAAGUUUCCCACAUGUAUUACCCUUCACAUGUGAAUUCACACUGGAGAAAACUCCUAUGAAUGUAAACAGUGUGGGAAAUCCUUGAAUCCUCUAAUUCAUUGCAGUUACAUGAAAGAACUCACAUUUACCUAUGAAUGUAAGGAGUGUGGGAAAGCCCUCAAUUGUUUAAAUUCCUUUCCCAGUCAGGAACAAAGGCAUACUGAAGAGAAACUUACCAAAGUAAGAGAUGUGUUAAAUGUGUCCUGUUCACUUUGAAGUCUCAAAUUAACUCGGGAGAAAUCUUCCAAUGGGAGGCAUUUAGAAACAUUUUUACUACUAUCUCAGGUCUUAGCAAACAUGUAAGAGUUUAUAAUGGAGGUGAUUCUAUGUCAGUUGGGGAUGUGAAAAAGAUUUUGCUAUCUCCUAAAUACUUACAUCAGAAAUUUUGCUGGAGUGAAGCCGUAUGAAUGUAGAGAAUCUGGAAAAUUCCAGAAACCUUAAUAUUUAUAUAUGAACUGACACUGAAGAGACACUUUAUGAUUUAAAUAGUGUGGUUCCCCUUUCGAUUUGCAUUUUGAAGCCCCAAACCCUACUGUCUCCUAGUGUAAGGGUACUUGGACUUCAAACGUCACUCAAAUGAGGCUGAAAGAAAAAUGAAAGUAAUAGAGAAUCAGUCCUUAAUACGACAUCCUCAAUGUCUCUGUGAGAAGAGAAAUUGAAUUCAUGUAUGUUGGCACAUGUAUUAUCUCAGCAUCUUGAAAGUCUGAGACAGGAAGAUCAGAAUUUGGAGCCUAGCUUGGGCAACUUAGUAAGACCAUAUCUCAAAAUAAAAACUAAAAAAUGGGUUGAGGAGGUAGUUGGAUAAAAAGGCCCUGAGUUAAAUCCCCACUCCGGGGAGGAAAAACUAGAAAGAAAGUCAUGCCCAGAAAAGACCCAUGUGAAGAUACCAAAAGGCGACUAUUUGCAAACUGUGGGCAGAAGUCUGGAACAGAAUCCAACCCUGCCCACAACAUGGUACUGGACUUUGAAACUCUAGAAGUGAAAUUCUUUUUUUUUUUUUUUUUUAAAGCCAUUCCAUCUAUGUCGUUGUAUUAUGACAACCCUGGAGAUCUAAUAUUGCAAAAAACGUGGGGAAUGCUUAGGCAUUCCUCAAACCAUGAUAGAUUUCAUAUGAAACCAGUGUGUAAAGAAGCCUUAAAGUUACAGAGAAUGUGGGAAAGGCUUCAUUUAGUUUCAGUUGAUUAAAAAGAGGGAGUAAAUCAAUGCAAAUGGAAAGGCGAAUGGAAGGUGUGUGAGAAGAUUUUCUGAUGUUAUCAUAUCUUGGAAUUCAUUUAUAACUCCUCUGGAAAUAGACCCUGUGAAAAUAAACAACUUAAAAGAAUAAAAGAAACUUUAAAGUACAGAAA